AUGACUCUACCAGCGGGAGGGACAGACGCCGGAGUGGUUGCCUUUGACCAUCUCACGUUCUGGGUCGGAAACGCUAAAACGGCAGCCAGCUACUUCAUUAGUCGUCUGGGGUUCCGGCCGCACGUGCACCGCCCACCCACAGACGACAGACCGGUCGUGUCGUAUGUUGUAAAACAGAAUCAGAUAAUGAUACUAUUCGAGUCAGCAAUAUCGGACCACGACAUAUCGUAUCACGUGACCGCGCAUGGCGACUGCGUGCGCGACGUGGCGUUUGUCGUGAGCGACGUGGCGGCGGUCAUGGCGACGGCGCAGGCGCGCGGUGCUGCGGUGGUUCGGGGAGUGACGGUCGAGGGUGAUGAUGAUGGGGUUUUGACGUAUGCGGUGCUGAAGACUUACGGGGAUAACACUCACACUCUGAUAGACCGGUCUCAGUACAAAGGUCUGUUUCUUCCAGGAUACCAGCCGAUGGAUGAAGAUCCUUUGACAAGUAUACUGGCUGAAACAAAGCUAACUCACAUAGAUCAUGUGGAAGCUAACUUGGCAGACGGAACCCUGGCUGAUUCUGUCGACUGGUAUGAGAAGAAUCUUAACAUGAAAAGGUUCUGGUGUGUGGACUACGAGCACGACCUGGUGCCGUACUCCUGCAUCAGGUCAGACUCCGUCAUCAACAAGAACGAAGCUGUGCUGCUGUCCUUCAACGAAGCAGCCCCCGGGCUUCGCCCCAGCAGCAAGGCGACAGAGUUCGUGAAGGCGCUGGGCUCGGCGGGCGUCGAGCACGUGGCGCUCUAUACUGACGAUAUCGUGGACACGAUGCGCAAUCUCAAAUCCCGUGGUGCAGAUGUUCUGACCUGGCCAGCCACCUACUACGACCUCAUAAAGAAGAAACUAGACAACAGUCCUCUAGAAGUAAAGGAGAGUAUAGAAGAACUGAAAGUGAAUAAUAUCUUGAUAGAUUUUGACGAAAAAGGGUAUAUGUUGCAAGCAUUCACCAAACACUUGCAGGCCAGACCGACUGUCUUCAUAGAAGUUAUCCAGAGGAGGAAUCAUAGGGGUUUCGGAGCUAUGAACUACAAAUGGGUGUUUGAGACAAUAGAGAUUUUACAGAAAGAAGAAGAGAAGCAAUAA